AUGGAUGUCGAUACUUCGAAAUUGAUGGAUGAUUCGGCCAUUCGUCCUUUAUCUAAAAUACCAGGACCUAAACUUUCCAGAAUUUCCAACUGGUCAAUAAUCACAAGAAAACCUUCCGGAAAGGUUUAUCAAUGGUUUUGGCAAUUACAUAAAGAAUACGGAAGUGUUGUUAGAGUUUCGCCUAAUUACGUCUUAUUUUCUAGUAAAGAAGCCAUUAGACAAAUUAUUGUCACUAAUGAUAUGCCUAAAAGUGAUUCUAUCAAAGGAAUUCGAGCUGAUCGAAACAUCCUAACAUUAUUUUCCGCAAUUGACAUGAAAAUUCAUAAAAGACGUAGAGGCCUAUUAUCACCAGCAUUCUCAAUCAGAUAUAUUUCAUCUCUUGAACCAUUAAUGAUUUCAUGUGUAAAAGCUUUAUCAGAAAAACUUCACUCGACAACUAUAAUCGCUAACAAAAAGUUACAAUUAAAUGAAAAUGGAUUACCUAUUGUUAACAUUUAUGGAUUAAUACAAGCUUGUACUCUUGAUAUCAUCGGGGAGGCUGCAUUUGGUGGAUCAUUUCAUAUCGUUGAAAAAGGUACACAUCCUUUACCCACCAAGAUAUUUUUGGAGUUGAAGAGACGUGUAAUGCGUCAUACAUUUCCUUAUAUGAGACCCUUUUUGAAAAAGGAUCCAUGGACUUAUGAGGAAAGAAAAAAACUUAAUGAAAAAGGCAAAAAAUAUGAUGAUAUAUUACAAAUUUUAAUUGAUGUACGUGACGAAGAGUCGGGGAAACAAUUGACAGAAUUUGAAAUACAAGAACAGGUAAUGGAAUUUUUAAUAGCUGGUAGUGAUACAAGUGGUUAUACAGCAAGUAUGGCAGUAAUAAUGUUGCUUCGCCAUCCAGAUAAAUUGGAUAAAUUAAUGGCAGAACUUAAUUCAGCAUAUCCUCGUAACCCAGGACAACAAACUUUAGUAAUCCCAACACAUAGUUCCUUAAAAAAUCUUAAGCAUCUAAACGCGGUGUUAAGCGAAGUGUUAAGAUUAUUUCCUGUUUCAAUGGGCGGUGUGAUGAGGCAAACACGUCAAGACACUGUGAUUGAUGGAUAUUUAAUACCAAAAGAUACAAUAAUAGGUGCCUCAAUAUAUCAAGUACAUCAUUCCAAAGAAAUAUGGGGCGUCGAUGCUGAUGAAUUUUCACCUGAAAGAAAUUGCAUCGGGCAAAAUUUUGCAUGGAUGGAAUUAAGAUUGAUAUUGGCAAGUUUAUUAAUAAAUUUUGAAUUUGAAAUGGUCCCUAAUCAAGAUAUAGACAUUAGUCAUUUUAUAACACCAACUUUAACUAGUAAAAAAUUUCAAGUUGGCGUAAAAUUAAGGAAAAAAAACAUAAAAUUUUCGUGA